GUCCCAGGCGCCCCGGGGUCGGGCCGUGCCAGGGAGGAGGGAAGAUGCUGCGGGCCGGCUGCCGCGCCGCGCUGCCCCGCCGCCCCCCGGGCUCGGUGCCGCUGAGCGGGACCGGGGGGCAGCGGCCCGGGGGAUCCGAGGCCGAGGAGGGGGGGCUGAAGCGGACGCCGCUGGACGCCCUGCACCGGUCCCACGGGGGGCGGAUGGUGCCGUUCGCCGGCUGGAGCCUGCCGCUGUACUACGGGCAGGGCCACCUCCAGUCCCACUUGCACACCCGCCGCUGCUGCUCCCUCUUCGACGUCUCCCACAUGCCACAGACUCGAGUGUACGGCCGGGACCGCAUCAGGUUCAUAGAGAGCCUGGUGGUGGGGGACAUCGCUGAGCUGAAGCCGGGGCAGGGCACCCUGACGCUGCUUACCAACGAGAAGGGCGGCAUUGUGGACGACCUCAUUGUCACCAACACGUUGGAAGAUCACCUCUACGUGGUGUCCAAUGCUGGCUGCGCUGACAAGGACUUGGACAUCAUGAGGGGCAGAGCAGCAGAGCUGCAGGCCGCUGGCGGUGACAUCCACCUGGAGGUGUUGGACAAUGCGUUGCUGGCUCUGCAAGGUCCCUCCAUGGCACGGGUGCUGCAGGCGGGGCUGCCAGACGACCUGGCAAAGCUCUCUUUCAUGAAUAGCAUCACCACAACAGUUUUCAGCGUGCCAGGCUGCCGGGUCACACGCUGUGGCUACACUGGCGAGGAUGGCGUGGAGAUCUCGGUGCCUGCGGGGCGGGCAGUGGAACUGGCCGAGCAGCUGCUGGGUGUCUCCGAGGUGUGGCUGGCGGGGCUGGCGGCCAGGGAUAGCCUGCGCCUGGAGGCUGGGCUCUGCCUCUACGGCAAUGACAUUGAUGAGACCACCACGCCUGCUGAGGCUGGGCUGCUGUGGACCUUGGGUACUUCAGGGCCACGUCCCUUCCCACCUCCUCCUCAGGGGAAGCGCCGGCGCACAGCUAUGGACUUCCCCGGCGCGGCUAUCAUCAUGGCACAAGUGAAAGAGAAGCCGAAGCGGAAGCGUGUGGGGCUGACAUCAGUGGGACCCCCCGUCCGGCCCCACAUGGCCAUCCUGGGCCCUGAGGGCACACCUGUGGGCACGGUGACCAGCGGCUGCCCUUCACCCUCCCUGGGCAAGAACAUUGCCAUGGCCUACGUAGAGGCAGCACACAGCCGGGCUGGCACCGCUCUCACCGUUGAGGUGCGGAAGAAGCAGCACCCAGCCCUUGUCACCAAGAUGCCCUUCGUGCCCACCCAGUACUACAUGGCCAAGUGAGGCCAGCACCACCGCAGGCACAGCACCCCAGCCCCAAUAAAUGCCCCUGCCCCACUC